AAGGUACCAACAUAUAUAAUUGACCACAAAUUCUUGUAUCAGUUUCUGCAACGAGCUUUAGAGUACUAUUGUGGAUUCUCAUUUCUCAUGUCUUUUGCCAACAAGGAACCAAGAGCACCUACCAGAAUGAGUUCCCGGCAUCGUCCAUUGCACACUUGUGGAGUUUCAAUCUUGGCGAUUGUUCAUAUUGCUUACACAAAAGCUCAAGAAUUUAAUGGACUAAUAGGCUCAACGGCAAGAAGGGUAGCCAAAUUAGCCCCAUUUACCGGUCCAUUAGCGUAUGCAAUGCAAUAUCAAUGGUUAGCAAUCCUCUCUUUUGCCGAUGAUCAAAUACUAGCAGUAGAAAACAUGAUAGAGAAAUUUUUUCCUCCAUCAAACCAUGUAUUCAAUAAGAUUGACUACCUUGUCCAAGUCGCAGAAACUUUGCCAGAAAAAUUUGAUUAUGCUUACGACAAAAUUCCUACAAUUGUCCACCAAUUUCGCUUUGAUUGUGCACUGGUCCAAGUUAUUUUCUUGUUGAACUUUUUUAUCACUAAGUUGAGUCAUUGGGAAAAUGGAAGUGCACGGGAAAAGGAGAUUAUCGUCGAUAUAAACUGUGAGAAGCAAAAUAAUGAACAAGCUUUUGUUGAUGAAGCACAGAAGCCUGAAAAAUUUCAAGCCAAUGUUGACAGUGAGAAGAAGGAAAGCCUUCCUCCCAAUUCUGAAAUCCCACAAGCUGAAACUGAGACAGUUGAUAAAGCAGUCGGCGUUACAAAAGGGACAUACAAGGAGGUACUAGAGAAGGGGACAAAGGAAGAAAAGAAAGCAGGAGAAGAACACAUUGAAAAGAUGGAGAAGAAUGAGAAAAUUAAUGUCGACAAGGAAGAAGCUGAGAAAGGAGAAGAGCAUAAUGAAGAUGAAAGCAAUCAAAGCCUUCUGAACGAUGAUCCAAUUAUAGAAUUGUUCGAAUCAGCAUGGCUCAUGAACCCUGGAAGUGGGGCUAAAAGGUAUGCAGAGUCACGUUCUAGUUCAUAUGCGUGAAGUGAAAACCAGAAACAAGCAAGCAUGGCAGUUGGUAGCAUUUACAUUUUAAUGUCUAUUGUAGAUAUUUGAGCAAAUUUCUACAUCACAGUAGGGUGAUUUGGAGGUCAAUAUUAUUCACAACUCAAAAGUCUGUCAUGCUAGCUGAAUUCUAUGCACACUACUUUUGAAGUGAGUUCACACUUCACACUAGUGCUGUCACAGAGAAUGCUUGAUGGAGUAUGGUGUAGUUUCCUUGUUUUCAAUAAUGUUGAAGAAAUAUUGCAUUGUUUUC